AUGUCCUGCUCCUCUCGCCCCGCAGAGCACCAGCACGCUCGUUACAACCCGCUGCGGGACGACUGGGUGCUGGUGUCGGCCCACCGGGUGAAGCGCCCCUGGCAGGGGCAGCUGGAGAAGCCACCCCCCGAGGAUGUGCCCCGCUGGGACCCCAACAACCCCCUCUGCCCCGGGGCCACCCGGGCCAACGGCGAGGUGAACCCCCAGUAUGAGGGCACCUUCGUCUUCCCAAAUGACUUCCCUGCGCUGCAGCCCGAUGCUCCUGAGCCUGGUGACAGCGAUCACCCAUUGUUUCAAGCAGCAGCAGCCCGGGGUGUGUGCAAGGUGAUGUGCUUCCACCCUUGGUCAGACCUGACGCUGCCCCUCAUGUCCCUGGCGGAGAUCCGUGCUGUCAUCGAUGCAUGGGCAGAGCUGGCGGCCGAGCUGGGUGCCUCCUACCCCUGGGUGCAGAUCUUCGAGAACAAGGGAGCGAUGAUGGGCUGCUCCAACCCACACCCCCACUGCCAGGUGUGGGCCAGCAGCUUCCUCCCAAACGAGGCGCGCCUGGAGGACCGGACCCAGCGGCAGCACCUGCGCCAGCAUGGCGUGCCCAUGCUGCUGGAGUACGCCGAGCAGGAGGCUCAGCGGAAGGAGCGGCUGGUGGUGGAGAAUGUGGACUGGUUGGUCGUGGUGCCAUACUGGGCCACCUGGCCCUACCAGACCCUGCUGCUGCCCCGCCGCCACGUCUGCCGCCUCCAGGACCUCCGUGAGGGCGAGAGGGACAGCCUGGCCUCCAUCAUGCAGAGGCUGCUCAUCAAGUACGACAAC